AUGGCAGAGCUCUUCAUAACUGCCUUCGGGGGGUUCCAGGGAGUGAGCCGAAACCCCACAGAAGACCUGUUGGAGGACGUCGUCGGUCGCUGCAAGGACAGCAAGACCAACGACUUGUGGAAGUUGGUCGGGCACACAGUGCUGCCCGUGGCAGCCAAGGAGGUGGAGACCUGGCUUAAGGACACGCUGUAUGGAAAGAUACUGAGCAACAACUACUCUCACCCUGUUGUUGUGCACAUGGGAGUGGACAAGGAGGCCACAGAGUACCGGCUCGAGACGUACGCCGCAAAUGAGGCCAGCUUCAGGUGCCCCGACCAGGCCGGUUGGCAGCCCAGCCAGGAGUCUAUCGACGACUCCCAUCCCUUUGCCAGCAAGCUUCUUACGGACCUGCCCGUCAGCGUCAUCGCAGGUCUGCUGAAGGCCCAGGGCCUGCCCGUGGAGCAGUCCUUUGACGCCGGGCGGUUCGUUUGCAACUGGACCUACUACCAUUCCCUGCGCCUGGCGCUGGAGACGCGGCCCCGCGUCCACGUCGUCUUCGUGCACGUCCCCCCCCUUGCCGUGAUGCCGCUGGAGGAGCAGAAGGAGGUGAUGUGGCACGUGCUGGCGGAGGUGGCGGGCGCGGUGGUGGGCGGGCCGGAGAAGGGCGGCGUCGAGGACGCGCUGGGCGGGGUGGACGCGCGGCGGUUGCCCUCGCUGCUGCGCGCGCUGCGCAGGUGA